GCCUAGUGGAAGUUUGAUGAGCUUUAGGAUAUAAAGUAUAAAGCAUCGAGCCAGGACAGCCGGCAGGGAGGUGCAAGGAGUGCGCAUCACAGCGUGACAGACAACAGGCUCAAGAAGGGGAUUUUUGUUUUUUCUAAACAAAGCGACGGAGACGAGUACAUUUUGGGGGUUUAGUGCAGGACUUGGACAUUUCCACGCUGCGUGGUGAUUGGCAACUCGUGGCUGGCGUGGGUGUUCUUUCUCUCUGGUGGAAGGCAGUGACGACGCGUGAUGAGGGAGAUGAGAUGAGGGCCCCACGUGACAUGGCGUCGUCAUCUUUGGCCUUGCUGCAGUGGUGCAGACAAACCUGCGCGACUUACCCAAAUGUGGAAAUCAACAACUUGUCCAGCGCCUUCAGAGACGGCCUGGCUUUCUGCGCCAUCAUCCACAAACACCGGCCGGACCUGAUAGAUUUCAGCUCCCUGUCAGCAGCCAACGUCUAUGAAAACAACCAGCUGGCCUUUGCGCUGGCAGAGAGCAGACUUGGUAUUCCUGCCUUCCUGGUCCCUGAAGACCUGCUCGCCAGUCCGGUGCCAGACUGCUUGGGUGUGCUGACCUACCUGUCCAAGUUCUACCACUACUUCAGCACAGCCGGUCCUUCCGGUCUGAGGUCGGCACACCUGGUCUUACCCAAGCAGCGCUCCCCCUCUCCGCCUUCCUUCGGAGACGACGGCCGUGGCGGCAGAAGAGCGCACGCGUCUUGUCCGCGCUGCCUGCAACAUGUGCACCUGGUCCAGAGACACCUGGUCCGAGGAGAGGUCUACCACCGCAGCUGCUUCAGGUGUGCCUGUGUUUAG